CACACCGGUCGUUGUGUCAAAAACAUGGCGGCUUUCAGUAAGUAUCUGACGGCGAAAAACUCCUCUAUAGCAGGUGCUAUUUUGUUGGUUUUAUACCUGCUGAAACACAGAAGACGGACGCCAAAACAGAACGGUAGAAAAGGAGGCUCAGAUCUAGUGCUGAACACUGAGAAAGAUGCCCGGAAAGACCGUGCAGCAGUGGACAAGGUUUUCUUCUUCCGAAUCCUCAGAAUUGUGCGGAUCAUGGUACCUCGAUUUUUCUGCAAGGAGACUGGGUACCUUAUCUUUAUCGCUGCCAUGUUGGUGGCCAGGACCUACUGUGAUGUAUGGAUGAUCCAGAACGGCACCAUGAUUGAAAGUGCUAUUAUCGGUCGCUCAACAAAAGAUUUCAAGACCUUCUUGUUCAGCUUUAUCAAAUUCAUGCCACUUAUAGCUCUGGUGAACAACUUCCUGAAGUUGGGUCUAAAUGAGCUGAAGCUGCGGUUCCGUGUGAGGCUCACAAAGAACUUGUACGACCAGUACCUGCAAGGUUUCACCUACUACAAAAUGGGAAACCUGGAUAACCGGAUAGCCAAUGCAGACCAGCUGCUGACACAGGAUGUGGAGAAAUUCUGCAACAGUGUGGUGGACCUUUACUCCAACCUCAGCAAGCCUUUGUUGGAUAUUGGUCUGUACAUCUUCAAGCUAACAAGUGCCAUUGGUGCUCAGGGCCCAGCCAUCAUGAUGGCUUACCUGCUGAUCUCAGGGCUGUUCCUGACCAGACUGAGGAGGCCCAUUGGUAAGAUGACAGUCACAGAGCAGCGCUACGAGGGAGAGUACCGCUACAUCAAUUCUCGCCUCAUCACUAAUAGUGAGGAGAUUGCCUUCUACAAUGGGAACAUGAGGGAAAAACAGACCAUUCAUGGCACAUUCAAGAAACUGGUGGACCACUUGCAUAACUUCAUCUUCUUUCGCUUUUCCAUGGGAUUUGUGGACAGCAUAAUUGCCAAGUACCUGGCCACUGUGGUGGGCUACCUGGUGGUUAGCCGGCCAUUCCUAAACCUCUCACACCCCCGGCACCUGUAUAGCUCACACUCUGAGCUGCUGGAGGAUUACUACCAGAGUGGGAGGAUGCUCCUGAGAAUGUCCCAAGCCCUGGGCAGGAUUGUCCUGGCUGGCCGAGAGAUGGCCCGCCUGUCUGGAUUCACAGCUCGCAUCACAGAACUGAUGAAAGUGCUAAAGGAGCUGAAUUCUGGCAAAUAUGAACGCACAAUGGUCUCCCAGCAGGAGAAGGAAUCAGACGCUGCAGAGAAACUCAUACUGGUACCUGGAAGUGGUCGAAUUAUCAACAGAGAUAACAUCAUCAAAUUUGACCAUACCCCACUAGCAACACCUAAUGGAGACAUCUUGAUCAGUGACCUUACAUUUGAGGUGAGGUCUGGCACUAAUGUUCUUGUGUGUGGACCAAAUGGCUGUGGAAAAAGCUCUCUGUUCAGAGUGCUCGGGGAGCUGUGGCCUCUGUUUGGUGGAAACUUGACAAAACCUGAGAGAGGCAAGCUCUUCUAUGUUCCACAGAGACCCUACAUGACUCUGGGUUCUCUGAGGGACCAGGUAAUUUACCCUGACACCUAUGACGAACAGAGGAGGAGAGGCAUCUCUGAUCAGGUGUUGAAGGAAUACCUGGACAAUGUUCAGCUUGGUCACAUCCUGGACAGGGAGGGCUCCUGGGACUCAGUCCAGGACUGGAUGGACGUCCUCAGUGGAGGAGAGAAGCAGAGAAUGGCUAUGGCCAGACUGUUCUACCACAAGCCCCAGUUUGCCAUUCUGGAUGAGUGCACCAGUGCAGUGAGUGUAGAUGUGGAGGAUUACAUCUACAGCCACUGCAGAACGGUGGGCAUCACCUUGUUCACAGUGUCUCACAGAAAGUCUCUGUGGAAGCACCACGAAUAUUAUCUCCACAUGGACGGGAGGGGGAACUACGAGUUCAAGCCCAUCACAGAGGAAACUGUGGAGUUUGGCUCAUAACAGACUGCUGACAUUAGCCACAAAUGCACUGCUCGAAUAAAACCAGUCCAUUAAUUCUUUGCACUCAAGACAGAAGUUAUAGCUAAAACUAGAAAAUAUUUUAAAUAAUUUGUUUUCUGUUAUUUAAAGCAUCAUUAGUCUAAUCAUAUAUUUCUUCGGUGUGAUUAUAAAAAACCUGUACUUUAUAUUGCCAUCUUCUAGGUUGUGUUUACACAUGUAAGAGAUGUCUGAGUGAAGGUGCAAGUAUACUAUAUUCUGUUUUAAUCAUCUCUACACAUGUGAUCAUAGCUUGUAACAGUAACAGAGGUUAGCCUGUGCCCAUGAGCUUGAUACCACAGUGGUCUUUGAGGCAUCGUGUCUCACAAUGAACUGUGUCCUGCACAGAAUACUGUAUGCAUGCUUCGCUGAUGUCCACUGACACUGGUGAUGCUCCCGGCUGCCUUGUACGUUUCUUAUUAAAACUCUCCACAGCUGACAGAAUUUGACAGCAACUGAGGCUUGCAAUCAUGAUAUCUUAAAAUAACAAUAGUAAUGCAGUAAAAGAGUAAGUCUUUUUAUUGUGACUGUAAUUCCCAGUGAAACUGUUAAUUAUGUCAUCACUUCCAAGCUGUUAGCAUAUGAUUACAACAUACUUAUCCAGGAAAAAUGGUGUUUAAAAAUUGUCAUGUGAGUCUACUUGCUUCCUCUGUCAUUCUUGCUGUCCCUGUUCCUGGCUCUUUUUCUUGACGCAAAUUACUGUACAAGCCACUUAAAUACUGUAUUCCAUGAAGUAAGGAAAGUUGUUUUUCUGAGAUAAUAAGACAUGGAAAUCGUUGUGAUGAGAAAACAAGUCUGAUUAUCUUUACCAUAUAUCAAAUCAGUAUCUUUGGAAAAUGGGCUUUAAAGUUAAACUAGAAAGACACUAUAUGAGCACCAAUUGUUGUCAAGGUUAAGGAAAAAUGACGUGAUCACAUGAUAAGACCACAGCUGCUCUCUGUCUCUGUAGCUUUAGGACCAACAAUGCUCACUGGAACCGAAUUAACUUUUUCAAAGACAGCUCCAUACUGAGCUGCUUUAGGUUUUGAAGUGCAGACAGGUAGACAUGACAGUAAGCCUCUUGUGUAAAAUCUGAGUAUUCUCAUGGAAAGACAGCUCUUUAGCGUGUGACUGAGGGUCCUGCAAGGUAGCCCUAAUCCAUGAUCAUCCUACCUACAUGUCACUGUCUUUUGCGGCUGUCAAAGGGAACAAGAACAUAUCAGUCACUCAGGCAUUCAGUAGUGACUAUUCAAUAGUGUUGAAAACAUGAACUCACUAGAGGGAAAAUUGUCUCCUAAGAGACCCUAAGAAAAUCUUAAACAUGACUGUUAUGGUGACUGAUGCUAGGAAGACCUCUGAGGAAUGUUCAAAAUAUAAGAUCAGUUAUGUAACAAAUUUGUGUGCGUGAUUUCUAGCAAAGAACCCUGAAGUAUGAUGGUCCUGCAUUACUGCUAGCUGCCAGGGUGCUGGGCUUGAGGCCUGGUCACACCAACAUUGAAAUAUUCACACUUUGGAACAAGAUCAGGUCAUUGUUCAACUACGACAAACACUAUCAAGCUGUUGUGGAAAUACUGAGCUUUGUGGGGAACCAAAUGGAAGAGCAUACAAAAAGUAGGAAGCUAUAAGAUAUUAACCAUGUUGCAUCAUCAAAUUUUAUAUAACCUUCCUCUACAAUAGACGUUCUGGUACUGCAUGGUCAGCAGCUGAUUCAAAAAACUGCCUUUAAUGAAUUUUGCUGUGCCACUUUGAUCUGACCAGGUUUAAAGAUACAAGGUCAUGGACUGACUAAUGAUUAAACAUUUAAUAUUUAACAAGAAAGCUGUAACAAAGAGGGAUCACUUCAACAUUUAUUUUCAAUUCCAACAGUUCAUGAAUUUGUUUGCCAAACAUCAUUUUUUGCCUUUUUAUCCCCUGAAGGUUUAUUUUAGGGAAAAGUUGUGAGAUUGUAAUCGUUGGAAUCAACUCUAUUUUGCUCUUGGGGUUGAGCUGUAGUUGAGAGACAUAACACAGUAAGGAAACAACACAAUGCAAUUUUAUUUUAUAAGUUAAAAAUCUUCAGCUCCAGUCACAUGCUUGUUGUCCACCCAUGUGUAAUAUUCCCUAGUUGCUGAGUUGCAUUCUACUGUUUUUCCCUUGGCCUGUGGAUCCAUGGUGCCUGAAUUAUGAAGACAUGGGGUCUGUACAGAACAACAGAAUCAUUAUUAUUAAGCAUUUUUCUUAUUAUAAUCUGACUACUAACCAUGCCAUUUAUGUAAUUCUAUUAAAAUGUAAUGUAUAUUUCUUUGGUGGUGGGAUUUGAAAUUCUUUACUUUUGGAUGAUUACGUUAAUCACAGAUUUUACGUGAGCUCUGAGACAAAGGGGAUACGAGCUAAAGUGCAAUGAUGGCUUCUGUCAGUUGAUCACUGGUACAAUAUGCAGAGCCUUUCCUGGCCUUUCUGCCAUUAUUCAACACCUCUCUGUUCUGUCGCACUAAUAUUCUGUAUCUUUAUUUUGAAAAUAUAAGGAGCCUCAGCAAUACUCAUUGUUUUAUACAUAUAAUGAUACUGU